AACAUAUGAUUUGAAGUCUGUUUGUUUUGGCUGUCAUUCGUUGUAGUUGUCUUGUACGUUAUAAAAUGUGAUUACCAUGUAUUAUAAUUAGCUUUUGAUAAAAUUUCUAAAAUCUAUAUCAAGUCUUUACAGAUUAAUCUUAAUAUGCCAGGAGUUUGUUUGUAUUUUCAUGUAUGAUAAUCGCCUCUUAUACCAAACCGCUACAUUGUUUUAGGACAUUUUUAUAUUAUUCGGCAUUUACCGUUUUAUUUUAAUAACAAUAUUUGUAUAUUAUAAGUAAAUAAAUGUCUCUGACAAUGCUCUGUUGUUUCAAAAAUUGUUUCAAUGGCUUAGGAUUUCCAACACAGCAUAUACCAAAGCCUGAGAUUAACAACCCUAUUGUAUUGGACACUUCACAUAUGGGUCAUGAAGUAGUCAUCAUCAAGAAUGGACUUCGUAUUUGUGGUAGUGGAGGAACUUUAUGCACUGCACCAUUAGUCCAGAGCAAGUCCUAUUUUGAAGUUAAACUGCAACAAUCAGGAGUAUGGGGAGUGGGUCUGGCUACUCGUAACACUGACCUGAAUGUGGCUCCGGGAGGCAGUGAUUCUGAGUCGUGGGUUUUGUGUCACGAUGGAGCUCAACGUCACAACAACACUGAAACUGACAGAGUGCCAAAUAAUGCUGUUGAGGGAGAUAUUUUGGGUGUCUCAUUUGAUCACAUUGAGCUAAACUUUUUUGUCAAUGGGAAGGCAAUGGAAAGGCCAAUAACAGGAAUACGGGGAACUGUGUACCCUGCAUUAUUCGGUAACUAUAGCACUUCACACUGUUUGUUUGUUAGUAGUGUAGGUAAAACAUAAUUUAUUGAACUCUGA